AUGCAUAACAUAAUCCCCCACCUUCAUCAAUACUCCCUUCCAUCUCUAUCAUACCCUCCACCUCAACCAUCACAGCAUCCGUUGCUUUCUCUAGACCCACUUCCUCAAAACUGUGGGCAUGGACAUGGGCCUGGACUCCUUGUCUCGAAAUCAGAGGAUAUUAACAGGCCCAUGGACUUUGUCGGCUCUAGGAUUGGGCUUAACCUUGGUGGUCGUACUUACUUCUCCUCUUCCGAAGAUGACUUCGUGAGCCGACUCUACCGCCGGUCUAGACAGCCUGAACCGGGUUCACACGGGUCUUCCAACUCGCCUAGGUGCCAGGCCGAAGGAUGCAAUGCUGAUCUAUCUCAGGCGAAGCACUACCACCGCCGACAUAAGGUUUGUGAGUUUCACUCCAAGGCAGCCACCGUCAUCGUCGCUGGGUUAACUCAGCAAUUCUGCCAGCAAUGCAGCAGGUUUCAUCUUCUUUCUGAGUUUGAUAAUGGAAAACAUAGCUGCAGAAAGAGAUUAGCUGAUCAUAAUCGUCGCAGACGAAAAACUCAACACCCAAAUACUCAAGAAAUUCACAAAUCUCAAAACACUUUGGAAAAUGCUGCUACAAGAUCUCCGCCGGAGUCGGGGACUCAGUCUUCAUCAUCGGUGACGGUGGCGGUUUCUCCGCCGGAUUAUUUUCGAAAAAGGUCGUAUCAAAGCCCAAGCACAUCAAUCAUCUUCAAGCUCUUUGAUUUAAGCAAGUUUGCCGAAACGCAAGGAACAUACUCCAUUCGCACGAAAUUCCGAGGGGGAAAGGUUUGUUUCCUAUCGUUGUUAGGCAGCCAUGGCCAGCGAAGAGGAAGAGGAAGAUUGUUUCCGUUGGGGCUCUGGAAAAGGUUAUGUUUGUUUUGA